AUGUCGUCCGCGCAAUCCCUCAACAUAGCCCAAGCCAUAGACAUUGUCAUCGGGUUCCAUGAUGAGAAUAUCGCAAUCGCUGCUGUCAUACUAGACCAAGUAAUGGAUCACCUCGUAACCCUGGGAUUCCCGUCUUCACCUGUUCUCUGGCCCCGCGCGGCGGAGGAACUGGUUACAAAGACACAUCGCGACUACAAGAUAAACGCAUUGCGCGUCCUUCGUACUUCGGUCGCUCUCGUCCGUUGCUCGGGCGGCUUGGACAGCUUGGUAGAUCAGGUCGACACGAGCCUGAACAUGGGAGACGAAGUAGCUGAGAUGUUCAAUCAGCUUGCGGACCUCUGCAGCGCUCACGCCGAACGUAUUUCCUUGACUUAUUUGCAGGCGUUGGAGGAAAUGCUUCUUUCGAUCGAAGAAAGUCUUUGCAAGGUGGACGAAGCCAUCAACUUCGUUAGAGGCUUCAUCGACGCCAAAGGCGAGCACGUGAAGCUGUUGGGACAUUUACAGGCGACCGCCCAUUUCGAUCGCAUUGCUUCCUCCCUCCAAGGCCCUCCACCCGCCCAAGAGUUAAGCGCAGUCGCGCGGGACGCUUUGAAUGUGUUGCGGCUGACGUUGAACCCGCUGUUCUCCCUGGUGGAUAGGAGCGGCGAAGAGGUCGAGCGUGUGGUGGCCGAGCUUCGUUCUCUUGGCGUCGAGGAGGUGAAUCGUGGCGUUGUAGACGAUAAGAUGACUGGCCUGGUGCGCAUCCGUGACGAUCUCGGUGUCCUCCAGGAGGCCCAACCGGCACGGCUAGCGACCUUUUCCCGGACGCUGCAAUCCCCUGCGGCGGUUCCCACUUCUAUCCGUGAUGAAGCGUUCGAUGUCGACUUGGAGAUCCUUGAUGCUAUGACGGUGUCCUUGACAUUCGCACAAGCUGAAGACAUCAUGAAGGAAGUCGUUUCAGGGGCGAAGGCCCUGAUACAGAGAUGGCUCCCUCGGUUCUCUUCACCCGGUGUCUAUGAUCUGCCGCAGGAGUGA